AAUUGUGUUUGUAAUUACUUAACUUAAAGUACUAUGAUGGGUUAACUUAAGGUUAAUCAAAAAGCUUGUUAAACUUAUAUCAAUAAAUCUGGAAGCCUGAACACAAAUGGCUGAGCAAAGACGAUCCAUCAGGGCCAGAAAGAGUGUUAAUUAUGCCAAGUUUAGUGGUGGAGGGAGCGAUGAAGAUGACUUUGCAGACUCUUCAACUCCGCCAACAAAAAGGUCCAAAACAGAAAAAACUGAAAGAUUAAAGAAUGUAAAAAAGGAAAAACGGAAAAUAAAUGAGACAAGCAUGCUUUUGAAUAGAUUAGAGAGCCAGCAUAUCCAGGUGGAAAGUAAAAUAAUACAAAACUUGGGACAAGAAGCUCCACAUCAAAGGCUGUCAGUCUCAGACAAAGUUUUCCAGCGACACCUUGAAACAGCCAUACAGAUUUCGAACAGGGAAAAGAAAAGUGUAGUGCCUGAUAUUAAGAAAGAAACUGUUAAUGAAAAACAAAUUAACAAGGACUAUCUUGAUGAAAAAAAAGACAAAAGGAGUGCUGAAGAUCAGGAAGGUGAUUCAAAUUUUUCUGAAGACGAGGGCCCAUCUCCUGAAUGUUUCAAAGAAAAUAAAACUGAGAAAAAGAAUUUUGUGACAAGAAAAGGUGUUGAAACAGACACGGACCAAAACAAACCCAUUUUAAAAAGUGCAUUUCCCAAAUAUUCAUCAGUGCUUAUAAACCCAGAAAAACCUUGUAAAAGAAACAUUUCAAGUCCAGGACUUAGACCUGCAGGAAAUUUGGUGAAACUUCCAGCUACAGGAUUAAGGAUAGGAUUGUCACGGAAAGCUGUGGUUAAACCUUUACAUUCAAGUGUAAAAGUUUAAUAGUUUUAGAAAAAUGUGGUGAACUGUGUUUGCCACAUUAAACAAAGAUGAAAUUUUAUUGGUAAUGCUUUCUUCCGUAUACUGAACUGAACUGCUGUGAGAAGUGUGGUAAAAACUUCUGUUUAUUUGCCAAACCUUAUGUUUUAUCAUAUAUUGUAUGCAUGUUUGAUCUGAUAGCUGUAUAUAAUGUUAGCAUACAGUUUUAUAGAAUGAUAAACUGGUGAAAAACUGUACAUGGUGUGGACAUGGUCACUACAAAGAGUGUAAUAUUUCAUUUUAUCUGUAGUUAUAUUUUUAACAAAAUCAUCAUAAAAUUUGUUCUUUUCUACAUCUUGUGAUUUAUAGCCAUAAUCCAAGUUCAUAAUAAUAAUACUAGUACAGCUGGAUAUGAUGUGGGUUGACAUUUGAUACAGCUGGAAACUACAGUAUACACAGCUCAUUGUAGUGUGGGUUGAUAUCCAAAUACAGUUGUCAAAUUAGAAUUAAUAAAUGUUAUAAAACAAUCUCGAACCAUUUAAGAGAAAAGAUACUUUUAUAUUGACUUCCAAGGAAAAUGUUUCACAAAACUUUGAUCAUAUUUCCGUGAUUAUGACUACCAAAUAAAUUAAAACGGGGGCCUAAGUUAAUGUGUUAUAGUAUAAUCAAGUAAAUUAUUUAUUAAGAAUAAAACUAAGAAACAGAAGAAACUUAAAUAUUCCCAAUAAAUAAAAAUCAAUAGUGUUCUUUAGACAAAGAAGGUAGCACUUUUCUCCCAAAAAUGGGCCUAGCAAUCCGUGAGCUUGAGACCCAUCACCCAACGUUGUUGCAAUUUUAUCAAUGAGGGCAUUUUAAGAGUCAAUCACACAUUUCAUAGAUAAGAGAAGUAGUAGGUGGUGUUGACCAGUAGCUCCUCCCUAAAAUGUAUCACUUAAUAAAUUAGGGAUGGCUAUCACAAAUAGCUAUUGAGUAGCUUUACGAGAAAUUUGAAAACAACCAAACAAAUCUUAUUCAGACAUGUAUGUUCUGCUAUAUGGCAACAUAUUUUGCACUGUUGUUUUUUUUUUGUAGAAAAUAAAAGAUACUCGUAGUAUGAAGUGAAAAAUAUAUUUAGCAGCUGUAAUUUAAAUAUAUGUAAUAAGAUUCAAUAACUUGAUACCUUCUUCACCAUAGUAUAAUUAUUUAUGAUAAAAGAGAAAGAACAAUGAGGUUAACAAUGAUAAUUGUUCAAGGCACUGGGUUUCAUUUUCUUUAGCCAACAUUUUUACUGUUUUUACUAGAAAUAACGUGUAGUACACCUUAAGAUAUUUUGGAUGUUUUACUUGUUAGUAGAAUUAUAUCUUUUUAAAUGAAUAAAUCUCAUUUGAAAAAGUAGAUUAAGAAAUACAGAGCUAAGGUUUUCUUCAGUUCAAGAUAAAAAUAAUCAUCUUAAAAAAACUUUA